AAUACACAGGGCCGGUCAGACGGCCAGCCGACUCAGAGCGAGGAGGAGCUCACGUGGGGUGACGCAGAGCCUACCGUCCGUGCAUAGUGUGUCGAGUGAUUUCCAGGGUGUGUUUACGACCACGAGGGGUUGUGUUUUAGUGUCAGUGGGCGGAAGAGUGCGUUCUUGGCAAGUUCAGAGAUCCAAGAUAAAUUGAGCAAGCUGGUAGAUAUUUGGGCGAACACCGCGUGUUACGUCAGGUAGUGUGAACUGUGAACAGACGUUAGGUAUCUUACCGAGCGUUAACACCACAAACUUACGGGCUAGAAGUUCUUGAUCGGACGAAGCAUCCGCACGGCAUCUCCUGCCGGCGCGAGCCGGCUACAGCCUGCCAUCUCGUGAGCCCAGCUCGUGAACUCCGAGACCUCGCCGUCUCACGUAACAGGCGCAGUAUCCCGUGACCUUGUCAGACUCAGACGGCGAGCUAUCCCACCAGUCAGUGCAGCGAGCGACUCCAAGAACCCCGUGAGUCCGCCCGAUCUGAGAAGAGCCGGCCACGCGCCGCGCCGGAGCUAGGAAGCCUCGUGGUGCGUCCUGGCUCACGCCCGGCGUGUCAGCCGACACGGCUGGGCCCACGCCAGUCCACCAGCUGCGUGCCACCGGUUGUGCAACGGGGAUAGAAGAGUGAACGAUCGAGGGAACGCCAAACUUUUGAGGGACAGGAUAGUGCACCAGCCACCACGGGGAUAUGGUUGUGGAUGGCCAGGAGAUGCGCAGCAAGGCAUAUGCGCUCUGCCGGGACUACCUGCACGGCGCCUGGCAGCUGAUCGCAUCAGACGAGAUGAUCUUCCGGCCCAUCAGUGGAGGCCUCAGCAACCUGCUGUAUUUCUGCGAGCUGCCAAGCUACCAGUCUCCACUGGGAGACGAGCCAUCCAGGGUCCUGCUCAGAAUGUAUGGACAGGUGCGGGACGGCGCACACGACUCGACCAUCACCGAGUCGGUCAUCUUCACACUGCUGGCAGAGCGGCGGCUCGGGCCCAAACUGUACGGCAUCUUCCCCGGCGGACGGCUGGAACAAUACAUACAGGCACUGCCGCUAUCAUGCAGCGAUCUCAGGGACCCACAGAUCAGCACAAAGAUCGCUGAGAGGAUGGCCAUGGUGCACUCGCUGGCGGUGCCCAUCUGCAAGGAGCCCACCUUCCUGUGGGUCACCAUGAAAAAGUGGAUCCAGCUAUCUGUAGCAUGUCUGAGUGACGAAACGUUAGCAGACAACCCGGAGAAGGCGGCAAUAAUCAAGGCACUGCGGCUCUGCGACUACGAACACGAAAUGGAGUGGGUCAAGGACUACAUCGGCGGCGUGUGCUCGCCCGUGAUGUUCUGUCACAACGACUGUCAGGAGGGCAACAUCCUGAGACACGACCUGGGCACCAGUGGCCGGCCGCCCAAGCUGACGCUCAUCGACUACGAGUACUGCAGCUACAACUAUCGCGGCUUCGACCUGGCCAACCACUUCUGCGAGUGGAUGUACGACUACUCGCCGCCGCAGUACCCCUUCUUCGCGGCGUUCCCCAGCCGGUGGCCCAGCAGGGAGCAGCAGUUACGGUACAUCCGAGCCUACAUCAAAACACGCGACGGAGCAGCCAAAGAGGCCAACACUUCGCCGACGAAAGUCACGCUCAGCGACGGUCCGGAGCCCGAGUCAGGGGACGCAGGCAGUAGCGAGCCGAAUGCUGAAGUCGAGACCGCCAACGGGCCUGUCGAAGAUGGACCGGGGUCUGAGCCUGUAACGGCGACAGCGACGGAGACGGCGACAGAGACUGAGACGGAGAAGGCGGAGACGAACGGGACCAGUGAGCAGUUGGAGGAGGAGGAGCGUCUUCUCAAGGAGGUGCGCGUCUUCACCCUGGCCUCCCACCUCUUCUGGACGCUGUGGAGCAUCGUCAACGCGCCCGUCUCCACCAUCCCAUUCGGAUACUGGGAGUACGGUCUGUGUCGCCUUCGCGCCUACCAGGACCACAAGCAGAUGCUGCUGGAGUCGGACCCCAAGUGUCCGAAGGUUGAGCAGGGUGUGAAAAGGUCGGCGGCCGAACUCGAGUAGCUGGCCUCCAGACACGGCCGUGACUGAAGCCGCACAAACCAGCGGGGCUGGGUUCUCGAGACUGCACCUAAAAGCCGUGUGGUUUGGCUGCACUUCCGAUGAAAGUUGCUCGAGGAUAAUCGAUUGGAAGCCGACUGAAGCCCAGCCAAGUCGUGCGACAAAAUGGAAUAUUCCGCACGAUGUCCGCUUUUCAUCGUCUGUCUGCUGUCGCUGGGAACGAGACGGGCGCGCCAGUGACUAGUGAGAGCUGUGAUCCCAUAGGCAAAUAGGAGGGCCGCGGCCCCGACAGACCCCUCGCAGAACUGUGAUGCUUGAGCCAAGUCCUGCGCAGAACUGUGAUUCCACGUAGUAAUGUCCUCGGUCACGUGUGGCACGCGGCGAGCUCCCCAUCUAUGCAGCCUCGCACUCUGGCGUCGCUCCGCACCCUGUGCCUUCUCACGCGCGGUUGGUUCGGGCAUGCUAAGAGAGUUGUGCAGGCUAGUGAGGUUUUUACACAAUGUCAUCGGCAAGGUUCUUUAAACAGCAAAAGCCUUCUGCCGACCGAGAAGUCGUUAGUAAAGUGAAAUUGUGAAUGAGAUUUUAUCAUGUGUCCCGGCCUGCUGGUGACAUAAACUGUACCGUUGACCUAGCAGACAAAACAUCGUUUACUGGGUGGGACGUUGACAAGAAGUCCAGUGACUUCCCCCAAUGGCUUGAAGCAGCACUUGAACCAUUCCAUACAUGUGGCCCAUUCCUCAUUUCCUCAAUCCCGAUAUUUUUUCCAGCAUACACGCGCACUGCUCAAACCCAUUCACGGCUACCGGUGCACUCUGAUGCCUGCACGUCUGUUCUAUUGUCGUGAUUGAUUAAUUAUAUCACCGUGUGCUGACCCAAUGCCGUAUUAGAGUGCUGACCAGUCCCGUGGUGUCCGAAUUCAGACAACACGGGCUUGAUAUAUCGGCGAUACAGCCGUGUAACGUUUGAUACUAAAUGUUCCGCAUGUUCCGCAACUGUUUCGCGUUUCGCACUAAGCUUUUACGGAUGAUUCUGGGCAGAUCUCAGGAAGGGGCGAUACACAUAUUUUGUUUGAUCGCUAUACGUUCGAACCCGACUGUGUUCGAUUAUUAUUUCAUAUUUAAUCCAGUACCGUGUCAUAUGUUACAGUACAAGGAUGACACUGGCUAGAAGCAUUAGAGCGUAAGUUCCAUUAUUAUUACAAAUGUUUUGAUUGCCGAUUAGGCUGAGGACCAUAGCUUGUCGUCUAUCGGCAUUGCUUGAUCGUGCGAUAAAUACUCUGGACGCGGUUAAUGAAUCCUGACUCGCAUAUCCUUCCCCACCAUUUUGUGUGUGGUAGGUAUAACUAGUUGCUGGCCGUCCGUUUGAUGUGUCUCCACUCUACCAUUAUAUUGCGGCCGUUUCCGGGUGUAUGCGAAUUGGAGUUCUAAAAGUUGUUUUGACCUCUAGAGUUUUUUAAAACCUGCAUUGCAAAUAUUGUAUGACCAAUGUCCGAUGACUGUCACCGAGCGCUAUGUCUGAUGUCAAGGUCGCUUGCGAUGGCCACAUUCAGGAUAAAAGUGAUACACUGCAAUGGUAAGAACGUGGUUUUGGGUCUUAUCAAUACACGAUUCACGACAUAAUCGCACAGCGAGUGA